UUUUAUCCAAAGCGACUUACAAGGAUGUAUACACAAUAUGCUUAAAUAUACAAGGUCAUUCAAACACCCUUUUAGAGAGGGACAAUCUGAAUAAACGUAGAGCUAAAUAUAUUGUUAUUACUCUUAUGACCUAUAUUGUUAUUACUCAUCAUCAGUUGUAGUAGUAGUAGUAAUAAUAGUAGUAGUAGUAGUAGUAGUUGUAUUACUGCAGUAGCACUGCUCGAAGUACUAGUAGGGUUCCUUAUACUGUAGUUUGUUAUUGUUUGGCAACAUCACUCAAGUGUUACGAUUACAUUAAUUAUUGAGAGAUUUAACAGUGUGCUGGCCUACGGUAUUGUUCAUUGUGGCAAAGCUUAAAUCACUACAGCAUGGACGUAACUCUAUCUCUUCUCUUUUCCAUGACACUUUGAGGCCCGCCCAAACUCCACUCAUCGGGUACGUAUCCUUAGAUGAUGUCAACCGAAAAUUAUGCCGCAGGGAUGUGUCGCAAGGACGCUGGGGCGUCUCACCUGUUGGCAUAAAUAGCCAGUCUCGACAGAAGCGAACCUCAGACUCAGCAUCCGACACACCUGGGAAACAGCGCUCAGCACACCUGAAGAGUGAAUACAAGCCGACUCGGGAUAUUUAUCUGAAACAUACUUACACAAGACACAAAUUCAUUUUUUGAGAGAUGGAUAGAUUUCUCCGCGUUUUCCUUGUGCUGUCCUGUCUGAUGUUGGCCGUGCAAGGCUUGACUGUGGGCACACUCAAUGAAACCGUGACCAGAUCUUCCUGUGGGACUGAUCGCGCAUGUUUCUCUACUCCAGCGGACUGCGACCCCACAACGAAUAGCGCGUGUCUGUUGGUCUCCACCAGAUCAUCCAGUAGCGGCCUGGACUUUGAACUCCGCGGAGAAUCCAGCGGCUACAUUGCCGUAGCUUUAUCAGUUGACACCACCGCCGGAGGCAACGACAAAACCUACAUUUGCGCUAACUCUAACGGCACUGCCACGUUCUUCUUUGCCCUCCUGAACAACAACACCCUAGAGAUUCAGAAUGACACUACGAGCAUCAGUAAUGUGUCCGCUUCAGUCAACUCGACCACCAUCCAGUGUGUGUUUGCUGUGACUGGCCUAAACGCAUCAAUGUCCCGUAGCGCUGACAACACCUUUGCUGUCGUACUGGCCACAGGGACUCUUUCUUCUGAUGGUACACCUUCAACCCCAACUGUGAAGACGGUCACCGCUCUGCUGGACCUGUCCAACCCAAGUAGCAGCAACACAGCCACAGUAACUACUGCUCCCAACGUUACAACUGAUGCCAACGCUACAACCGCUGCCACCACCACCACCACCACGGCCACAACCACAACAGUCUCAGGGGCGAACAUUGGUCUGCAACACAGUCUUUCACAAGCUCUGUUGAUUCUCUUCGGCGUCCUGGCCAUCAGUCUGUUGUGAGUCUUCCCGAGAGGCCCACAUCGCCUGUUGACAGGAAACGAUGCAUUGCUUCCCCCCACUGCCAAAGACUACAGCCUGCCUGACAGCGUCCUGCCACAGGACCAUCACUAUAUGAUGGCUACCCAUCACAUCUUAUUUAUUCAUUCAUUUCCACUCAAGCCACACUAUUUAGUAUCCGUCUGCUAGGAUUUAUGUGUGUCUGUGUGUGUGUGUGUGUGUGUGUGUGUGUGUGUGUGUGUGUGUGUGUGUGUGUGUGUGUGUGCGUGUGUGCGUGUAUGUUUAUGAAAUGAUGAAGGGCACAGACUUGAGGUGACACUGGCUGCAAUUACUUUCUAUACCUUUUCUAGAAUGAGAUGUCAUUGUGGCUGACAAGACAAAUGUGUGUGUGUGUGUGUGUGUGUGUGAAACAGAGAGAAAG